AUGCUUCCACCAGAGGCCAGCGACAGAGGGGCAGAGACCCUGAGAGCCUCACCACAGCAUUACUGCCCCCAGGAGCUCCCACCUCCUCAGCAGCACCGUGUCCCCUGUGCCGACAGCAGCAGCAGGCACUCGGGCAGCAUCUUCCCGGGGGUGCUCCUCAGGACUCCUGUCUGGGGGAAGGACCAUUAUGGGCACCAGACUGUGCCCCAGCUCAUUGCAGAGAAGGAAUUUGAAGCCCUAACUCUGCAGCUGUCAGGGGACUCUGUCCAGCUCCUGACACGGUGGUACUGGUGGGAUGAGAAGGUGCUGCCCACCUGCUGGCAUCGCCUGGAGAGACGCCAGGAAGGCUGGAAGGCAGAGAGGGAAAGGCUGGGGAUUCCAACAGACAAAUUGGGCAAGGGACAAACAGUGAGUUAUAAAAAAAAAGAGGACAAUCUGGACAGUGAAGCACAACAGCUGCUCAGCAACCUUAAAGCAAAAAUUGCAAGCCAUUAUCCCAAACACAUUAAAGUACACACAUGGGCAUACAGUAAAGACUCUGGGAACGUUCAGCACAAGGAGAAUAAAAAAUACCUGAAACAACUUUGUGAGCAGCAGAAUAAUGAUAAAACCCACACAACCCUCACCCUUUAUGGGCCCACCAGGCUGUGGAAAAACAGCUGUGACUUGCAGCUGGUUGGGAUUCAUUUGCUGGGGACAUCCCAGCAUGGCUCUGCCACUCACAGCCUGUUGAGGGACAUCCCUCUCCAAGAAUGUUUAGCAUUUGAUUUGCCACCACCUCCAGCCCAGCCCAGACAGACUUGCAGGGAUUUAGUCUUGUUCCUCAGUGAACUCCUCCUCGUUUCUCCCAUGGUGGCAUGCAGACACUGGUGGUGUUCCUUGACUCUGUGGUUACUUCCUGGCGGUGGAGCUCACAGAUCCCGCUGGCUCCCUGCAGAUUGCCCUCCAAAGGUCCACAUCAUCAUUUCCAUUUCCACAGCAGAGCCUGAUACUCUGAAAGCUCUCCAACACCCUGUGCCUGAGGCUGAAGUCUGCUUUGAAGAAGGACCAUUAUCCUGUGAGAAAAUGCUAGAGAUGCUCUUAGCAUCAGACAAACGUCAGCUAAGCCCAGCUCAACAGGCCGUUAGAGCUUUCCUAGUGGUGGGCAAGCCCUGCUUCAAGCUGGCCUUCCAUGAGGCUAGAAAAUGGGCAUCUUACAUUUCACCUUCAGAACCAGUGGUUGCUGGCACAGCCCAGGACACCAUGAACCAACUGUGCGAGAGCCAGGAAAGUCACACAGCAGUCCUUGUGACUCACAGGCUCGGCUAUAUGGCUUCCUCACAGCCAGUACUGCUCGAGAUUGUUGGUGACUGGUACUUUCAAACUGCCAGAAAAACCACUCACCCUCCCACUACGGAUAUCAGUGUAAAAAGUAAGGGGGAGGAUAAAUCAUUUCCUUUCACAUAUCACACUUCAUUUUGCAAGAAUAAGCUGUCAGACAUGGCGAUGAACGACAUUUUAUCCCUUGAUGAUGAAGUUCUCUCAAAGAUUCACCAGUUUUACUUCAUUCAAGUAAAGCUACCUUGUGCUUCCCACGUCCCCCACCAGGCACGGCUCCACAGUGAUGCCGGCAAGCGGAGGGCAGAUGGCUUCACACUCCGUGGCUUUGCACACAGGUACUCCUGGAGGGCAGAGGAGGAGAAGCCAAACCUCAAAAAAACCCAGCCUCUAGCUCCCUAUUCCAGGACAUCUAUUACUUUUUCCCUUCACAUGCACUUUGUUCAAGUGGUGCAGAAUCGUUAUCUAUCAAAACAAGACCAAAUCAAGAGGCAUUUUCUCAUGGUAGAUUAUUUCUUCAAGAGAACUUGGAGCUGGGGAAUGAAGAAACUUCUUACAUUGCCACACUUUAGCAGGAUCUUGAAUGCCAACAGGAAGGCAGCCCCUCAGCCACGCUGGUUCUCUAAUACUGUUGCAAAUCUGAGGAAGCUGAGUGAACUGCCAUUUCAUUUACUUAAUGGAUGAAUUGAGGCACUAAAAUGGGAUGUGCUGGCUAAGGACCAGGCAAGAGUGGGGGAAGUGUGUGACACACCGGACAGCUCUGCCUGAGCGAGAUGCCUGGAAAUAGCUGAGCAAAACCAGCUCCUUUUCAGAGGGUUUGUAUCUGGAACAGUCCUUGUCUUUCCACUGAACUCCAGGCAGGAUGCAGUAUGAAUCCCACCCCCACAGCCACAGACCAUCAACGACAUGGCAAUCAACGAGCAGGAAGAGCAGCUUGCCACAGCACACGAUGAUUUAGCCCUUGUGCUGGCUAUCAUCCCUGCAGAUCCAUGCCCAGUGAUCGACAGGUCCACCUACACCUUUAAAACUCAGAUCCCUGGCGCUCUGAUUUCCAGAGUUGUUGUCUUUGCAGAUAGAGUCCUCUAUGGCACGACUAAUGGGGACAGUCCUUUAUGA